UUUAUUUACUACUUUCAUUAGGUCAACCCAUCACGUUUACCAGUUGUUGUUGGUGGAUUACUUGAUGUUGAUUGUUCAGAAGAUGUAAUUAAGUCCCUUAUUAUGGUAGUGAGAGGACAAUUUUCAACAGAUGAACUUGUAGAAGAAGUUGAGAAAAGAAAUAGGUUGAAACUUCUGUUAUCUUGGCUUGAAAUGAGAGUUCAUGAAGGUUGUAAUGAGGCGGCUACUCAUAAUGCCCUAGCAAAGAUUUACAUUGACUCAAAUAAUAAUCCAGAACGUUUUCUAAAGGAGAAUCAGUUCUAUGACAGCAGAGUUGUUGGAAAGUAUUGUGAGAAAAGGGAUCCCCAUCUUGCAUGUAUUGCAUAUGAGCGAGGCCAGUGUGAUAGAGAACUGAUUAAAGUAUGCAAUGAGAAUUCUCUCUUUAAAAGUGAAGCUCGUUAUUUAGUAAGGAGGAGAGAUCCAGAAAUGUGGGCAGAAGUGCUAAAUGAAAACAAUCCUUAUCGUCGCCAGUUAAUUGAUCAGGUUGUCCAAACAGCACUCUCUGAAACUCAAGAUCCAGAAGAUAUUUCUGUAACUGUGAAAGCAUUUAUGACUGCAGAUUUGCCAAAUGAAUUGAUAGAACUAUUAGAAAAGAUUGUUUUAGAAAAUUCUGUUUUCAGUGACCACAGAAAUCUUCAAAAUCUACUUAUUCUAACUGCUAUUAAAGCUGAUCGGACCAGAGUUAUGGAAUACAUCAAUCGACUUGAUAACUAUGAUGCUCCAGACAUUGCUAACAUAGCAAUUGGCAGUGAAUUAUUCGAAGAAGCUUUUGCAAUCUUUAAGAAAUUUGAUGUUAACACAUCAGCCAUACAGGUUCUUAUUGAACAUAUUCAAAAUCUUGAUCGAGCAUAUGAAUUUGCUGAACGUUGCAAUGAACCUGCAGUCUGGAGUUUAUUAGCCCAAGCUCAAUUGGUUCAAGGAAUGGUGAAAGAAGCAAUUGAUUCAUACAUUAAAGCUGGUGAUCCUUCUUCAUACAUAGAUGUUGUUCAGACAGCACAUAGAACUGAAAGCUGGGAGGACUUGGUUCGAUAUUUACAAAUGGCACGAAAGAAAGCUAGAGAAUCAUAUGUUGAAUCUGAACUUAUUUAUGCUUACGCAAAAACUAAUAGACUGGCUGACUUGGAAGAAUUUAUUUCUGGACCUAAUCAUGCAGACAUUCAAAAGAUUGGUGAUCGCUGUUUUGAAGAUGGAUUAUAUGAGGCUGCAAAAUUACUUUAUAAUAAUGUAUCCAAUUUUGCUAGAUUGGCAAUUACUUUGGUUCAUUUGAAAGAGUUUCAGGGAGCUGUGGAUAGUGCAAGAAAAGCAAAUUCUACCCGAACGUGGAAAGAAGUUUGUUUUGCCUGUGUCGAUAAUGAAGAAUUCAGAUUAGCCCAAAUGUGUGGUCUUCAUAUUGUUGUUCAUGCUGAUGAAUUAGAAGAUUUGAUUAAUUAUUAUCAAGAUAAAGGUUACUUUGAAGAAUUAAUUAGCCUUCUUGAAGCUGCAUUGGGUCUUGAAAGAGCACACAUGGGAAUGUUUACAGAAUUAGCUAUCUUGUAUUCCAAAUACAAACCAUCUAAAAUGAAAGAACACUUAGAACUUUUCUGGUCACGAGUGAAUAUCCCAAAGGUAUUGCGUGCAGCAGAACAAGCUCAUUUAUGGGCUGAAUUGGUAUUUUUAUAUGACAAAUAUGAGGAAUUUGAUAAUGCUGUAGUAACAAUGAUCAAUCAUCCAACCGAAGCAUGGCGAGAAGGACACUUUAAAGAAAUGAUAACAAAAGUUGCAAAUAUUGAAUUAUAUUAUAAGGCAAUACAAUUUUAUUUAGAUUAUAAACCUAUGCUACUGAAUGACUUACUUCUGGUGCUGGCACCUCGCAUGGAUCACACAAGAUCAGUUAAUUUCUUCACUAAGGUUGAUCACUUACCUUUAGUAAAACCAUAUUUGAGGUCUGUGCAGAGUCUCAAUAAUAAAGCAAUUAAUGAAGCAUUAAAUGGACUUCUUAUUGAAGAAGAAGAUUUCCAAGGAUUGCGAACUUCCAUUGAUGCCUUUGAUAAUUUUGAUAAUAUAGCCCUAGCACAGAGUUUAGAAAAGCAUGAAUUAAUUGAAUUUCGUCGUAUUGCAGCUUAUUUAUAUAAAGGAAAUAAUAGAUGGAAACAAUCUGUGGAAUUAUGUAAAAAGGAUAGAUUAUUCAAGGAUGCAAUGGAAUAUGCAGCUGAAUCUAAAUUAGCUGAAAUUGCUGAAGAGUUGCUAGCAUGGUUUUUAGAUGAAAAAAAUUAUGAAUGUUUUGCUGCUUGUCUCUUCCAAUGUUAUGAUUUAUUACAUCCUGAUGUUAUUUUAGAAUUAUCGUGGCGUCACAAUAUAACCGAUUUUGCAAUGCCUUAUCUUAUUCAAGUUAUGAGAGAGUAUUUAAACAAAGUGGAUAAAUUAGAAGAACUUGAGAACCAGCGGUUAGAAGAAUCUGCACAGAAUGAACAAAAGCCCCUUGUUUAUGCACCUGAACCUCAGUUAAUGUUGACAGCAGGACCAGGUAUGAUGGGUCCAGGUUAUCAGCCGUAUGGACAACCCAUGCCUGGCUAUCAAGGUUAUGGCAUGUAGGCAUCAGUUUUCUCCCCUUUUAGAAUAUAGAAUAGUAAAGACUGCCUGCGGGUACAGGAUGUCGCUGGGUAAAGAAUGGGGAGGAACAGUGGCAAAUUUUUGAAGAAGUUACUCUAAUUAUGACUGGAAGCAUUAUGUUUUGGAAUAGUUGUAUAUGAAGAAAAUUCACUGUGUUUAAUGAAAUUAUAAUGUUGGCUGGAUCUGAAACAUCAAAUUUUCUUGUUAAUUUGUUCAUUACAAAUUUGAAUCAUAAACUAUUUGUUUGUUGUUUAUUCCAUAAAGAAAAUUAACCCAUUUUUUUGUUCUAACAAGAAUUUCCAGAGAAAAAUUCUUUUGUGGUCUACUCAGGAGGAGAGUAUUUUUCAUCCAUUUGAAGAGUUGAGACAAUGGCAUUUCUGCAUCAUGUCCCACAGUUGUAACUAUGAAUUAAGAGUUGUAAAAAGUUAGAUAAUCAAGACAUACUUCACCUGUUUCAAUAGAUGUAAUGUUUAUCUGUGACCAUUUAUUUGUUCUACUAAAUAAAUGAAGGGAUAUAACAGGCUGUCAUAUAUUAAGCCAUUGUGAUUAGUUGAGGGAUCAUUGAUCAUUAUUGUUUAGAUUGACCUAAGCUCUAGAAUUGCAUAAAUAUUAUAUUAUUAAACACUUUUGUUAUUAGUUAAUCCUCUGCUCCACAGCUCAUUAGUUUAAAGUUUUAAUGGGAAUGCUGUACAGGAGUUUAGACAGUUUUAUAUGUAGUUUGAAAUUUCUCUAGCAUGUUUUUGACAUCAUAAUUGUAAAAUAAGUCUCCACUAUGUAUUAUUCAACAUAUGUUGUCACUAUAUAUUCAUUCCACUUUGAUUUUUAAUUAAAGAUUCCAGUUUAUACCAAUUGUUUAAAUUGUAGCCCAAUUAAGGAAGUUCUUCUUCCACCCCAAUUCUCAUUGAAAAGUUAGACGACCACACAACAGAGGAAUCGGUUCCGAUCGAAGACUAUGUUUUCGAUAAAAGCACCCGGUUUUGUCGUGUAAGUGCAGACUCGUAAUAGCCAUCACUUGCCAAUUUCUCUUCAGAGUUCUGUGUUCUACGCUAUUUGUUGUUUCAUGUCCUUCUGCCAUGUAGUGUCUGGCCUUGUGGUAAAUGUUGGGCCAUUCAUUCUUCAGGUGUAACAUUUACCAAUUGAUCAAAUAAAAGAGAUGAUUAACAUUGUACUAAAAUAUUAAUAA